AUGACUACCGACCCGUCCUUCAGCCCGGAAGAAUUGUUUGAUACCAUAUGUCGAUUCAUUAUCCUACAUCAAACGGCACCUUCCAUCGAAGCGCGAGUUGCCGCGUUCAUCGUAAGGCACACGCCCAGCUUCGCGGUGCGGGUGAUGUUUUGCUUUAUCGCUGUGGUAAUGAUUUGGGUAAUUCUUAUUUGUUGUGCUAGCAUACUUAUCAGAUGGCGCAAAGGUACGCUGUGGUUCGUACGAAGUGUUCACAAACGCGACGGUGCAUACUUCACCCCACAUGUGGGCUCCAUGUUUGCUUUGACUUCGAUCUUUUCAGCUCUGGGUAUCGGACUUCUCAUCCUCUAUGAAAUAAACUUAUGGGAUGGCAAGGUUCUACCCAACCCUUUAAUCAUACAAACUAUGGUUUGGUACCCUGUCUGGCUAGGAAGUUUCUGUAUGGUUUGGGGGGCCGCUAUUGCUGCCUUAAGUUUGUUCAACCAACCUGAGGUUAGGAAUAGCACUCUCGGGUUAGAAAACGUGAAAACGAUUCAGAUGUCAUCCAGAAUAUGGAACUGUCUGGUGCUCGGCCUGCCCUUUCUGGUUUCCUCUGCUCUCAUCACCUCCGAUGUUUAUGCGAAUACAAUCGCGAACAAAUUGCAAGCUAGGGCACGGGAAAUUUUCGUCCGGAUGGAAAGUUUGAAAAUACUCGCAUCGGACUCCCAGCAAUGCUUCCAGAGCCCACCUCCAACAAGCACACCGACCUUCUCUUCGGUGUCUGAUCUCUUCCCACUCUUGCUCGACUUGCAUCACGAUUCCCUAAACCUGACCAGCAGUAUGCAAAUCAGCUUUGCAUGCUGGUCACUAGGCGGAAUCAUCAAUUUUUUGAUCUGGGUACCAUGUUUUAUCAUUCAGCUCAAAAUAUUUAAAAAGCAGGUGGACGAUGAAAACUACUUCAGUCCGCAACCGCCGAGCGAUAAGCCCUCACCCCUUCAAAUCAGCCUGCCGCUAGAGCUCAGUGGUAAUCCUGUCGUCCAUCUCGACUCUCCUAACCCUGCUCAACAUGGCCAACUACGCUCGAAACAGCCCAGGAAGCGAUCACAGACAAGUAUUAGCAAGAAUAACUCAUAUCGGGCCUUGAUUUUCAGUUCGCUUUCUUACACAAUUGUCACUCUGGGGACACUUUGCUUGACACUUUGGGGUGUGAUCUCUCCAGACGUCGUUUUGAAGGAUGGAAAGGUCCGAAUGCGGUUCAUUGGUAUCCUUCUAGUCCUUUUUGCGUUUUAUGGGGUUUCUAUCAACCUGGGAAUUUUGUAUCAAGCUUGGUCGACUUCCAGGGAGCUCUCAAAGAGCACCAAAUCAACCACAAAGAAAGCCAAACAAUUCCACUUUUCAUUCAAGUCGCUCAGACACAAAUCCGAAGAAACCGCUUGA